GCUGGGUCCAGGAGAGUGGCUACUCGGAGCUGUUCGCAUUGCUGAAGACCCUGGAAGAGGAGAGCCACGAGGCCUUGGAUGUGCUCGCGGACUGCCAGGCGGCGCGCGAGGAUUACAAUCGGGGCCGCGAGUUUUGUUGUGGGCCGCGUCACAAGUAUGCUGACCUGUGGAUUUGCAUAGUCUGGCACAUAGACCAGGCCGACCACUGCGCGAAACUCGGUGCGAGGCUCCACCCGCAGCUGAACAUGGAGGUGUUGGAGCGGAGGUGGGAGACGUCUAAG